AUGGCUCGUGGCCCUGCUAGGAGGGGUGCGAGGCAGCCAGAGCCCCAACUGCUGUCGCUGUUGCCCCUGCUUCUGCUACUGCUACGGGACGCGGGCGGCAGCCACAUGGCCCCUGGCUGGUCCGCAGCGCCCGCCGCGGCCACCGGCAUGCCAGGGGACAAGGACCCCCAGCCGUCCCUGGGGGACGCAGCGGCUGCCCUGGGCCCUGGCGCGCAGGACAUGGUCGCUGUCCACAUGCUCCGGCUCUAUGAGAAGUACAGCCGGCGGGGCGUACAGCCCGGGGGGAGCAACACGGUCCGCAGCUUCCGUGCGCGGCUGGAGGUGGUCGACCAGAAGGCCGUGUACCUCUUCAACCUGACGUCGGUGCAGGAUUCGGAAAUGAUUCUCACGGCCACCUUCCACUUCUAUUUGGAGCCGCCACGGCGGUGGCCCCAGGCACGCGGGGCUCCCUGCCCACCUGCCCGAGCCCAGGGUACGUCCUGCCGCCCUCAGGCCCCCGGCCCGCCGGGGCGCCUGCACCUGCUCUUCCGCAGCCUCCCACAGAACUCUGCCACGCAAGGGCUGCUCCGCGGGGCCCUGGCCCUGGCUCUGCCACCGCGCGGCCUGUGGCAGGCCAGGGACAUCUCGCCCAUCGUCAAGGCGGCGCGCAGGGACGGCGAGCUGUUGCUGUCCGCACAGCUCGAUGCCGCCCCAGCCGCAGGGGACAGGAGCCCGGGGAGCCCCAGGCCCCCCAGCGCGCACGCGCCCUAUAUCCUCAUCUACGCCAACGACCUGGCCAUCUCGGAGCCCAACAGUGUGGCCGUGACGCUGCAGAGAUAUGAUCCCUUCCCAGCCGGAGAGCCCGAGCCCCGGGCGGCCCCCAACAGCUCGGCGGACCCCCGCGUGCGCAGGGCUGCCGCCCCCUCCUCCUCCGCACAGGCCCUAGGGCCCCUGCAGGACAACGAGCUGCCGGGGUUGGACGAAAGGCGCUCCCCAGCGCACUCCGGCCCGGACUACCACAAGCACGAGCUGUGGCCCAGCCCGUUUCGGGCGCUGAAGCCGCGGCCGGGACGCAAGGAACGCCGUAGGAAGGGCCAGGAGCUGCUCGCAGCAGCCUCGCAGGUGCUGGACUUCGAUGAGAAAACGAUGCAGAAAGCCCGCAGGAGGCAGUGGGACGAACCCCGCGUGUGCUCGCGGAGGUACCUGAAGGUGGACUUCGCCGACAUCGGUUGGAAUGGUUGGAUCAUCUCUCCCAAAGCCUUCGACGCCUACUACUGUGCUGGCGCCUGCGAGUUCCCCAUGCCCAAGGUCGUUCGUCCGUCCAACCAUGCCACCAUCCAGAGCAUCGUCAGGGCUGUGGGCAUCGUGCCCGGCGUGCCAGAACCCUGCUGUGUCCCCGACAAGAUGAGCUCCCUGGGGGUCCUUUUCCUGGAUGAGAAUCGGAACGUGGUUCUGAAGGUGUACCCCAACAUGGCCGUGGAGACCUGCGCCUGCCGCUGA